AUGAUUCAACCAUGGGACUAUGCUUCCAUCGAAGCCGCCGAGUCUCUCCUCCAACAGCCAUCCUUUGAACCCUUCCACCUGCAAAACCUCAUCGAUGGCGCCCAAACACCCUCCACCAGCAACGAAUGGCUCGACUCCUUCAACCCCAAGACCGGGCAGAUAUUUGCUCGGAUUCCAAACAGCUCGGCCCAGGACGUCGAAGACGCAGUGCAAGCCGCCGAGUCGGCCUUCGCAUCAUGGUCGCAGACCCCCCCGUCAACACGCGCCGCGCACCUGAAUCGCAUCGCGGCCCUCAUCGAAGAACGCCGCGAACUCUUCGCCGUAUGGGAGAGCAUCGACCAGGGGAAGACUCUUGCACGGUCACGGGUGGAGAUUGAUCGCGCCAUCUCUAACUUCAGGUAUUUUGCGACGUACAUCCAGCAACAAAGGACCGCUGCGCGCUGGACAGACGAUAAUGUGCUGACGUACGAGCACCGCUCCCCGAUUGGAGUGUUUGCGCUGAUCGCGCCGUGGAACAUGCCGCUGUACCUGUUAACCUGGAAGAUCGCGCCGUGUCUGGCGUUUGGGUGUACGGCUGUUGCGAAACCUAGCGAGAUCACUAGCGUUUCUGCAUAUUUACUUGGAAAGGUAAUCCAAGAUGCGGGACUUCCUCCUGGUGUCCUGAACCUCGUUUAUGGGGCGGGCUAUCCCACCGGAUCGGCUUUGGUCAGGCAUCCCCGUGUCAGGGGUGUUUCGUUCACCGGUGGUACAGCGACUGGUGUCCAGAUCCGGAGGGAUACCGUCGAGGAUAUAGGGAAGCAUAUCUCGCUUGAGCUAGGCGGGAAGAAUCCGACGCUGGUCUUUGAGGACGCUGAUCUUACUGCCGCUGUUGCGACGGCCGCAAGAGCUGCAUUCGAGAACCAAGGAGAGAUCUGCCUGUGUGGUUCGAGGAUCUACGUCCAAAACUCUAUCUACGACGCCUUUCUCUCCCGCUUCGUCGCCUAUGUCAAGGAGCACUACGUGCUCGGCCAGACCGUCGGCGCCGUCGUCUCCCUCGCCCAUUACCGCAAGAUCCGCUCGUAUCUCUCCCUAGCCACCCAAUACGCUGAUAGCUUCAAGCUCGGCUCGGUGCCUCCGGAGACCCCGGACGGAGGCUACUGGAUCGAACCAACCAUUCUCACGGUUCCGGACGACAGCCCGAUCAUGAAGGACGAGAUCUUCGGCCCCGUGGUGACAGUCAGCUCCUUCGAGAGCGAGGACGAGGCGAUCGCGCGGGCCAACGACAGCCAGUACGGACUAGCGAGCAUUCUUCUGACGCGCGACGGAGCUCGCAUGCGACGGGUGGGCGAGCGGCUGGACGCCGGACUGGUCUGGGUGAAUUGCUGGCUAGUACGCGAACUGGGGACACCGUUCGGAGGCAUGAAAGCGUCGGGAACGGGCCGCGAGGGAGGCGAUUACAGCCGGGAUGUAUUCACUAAUGUGCGGACGGUGCAUAUUCCUUCCGUCUAG